AUGGCGGACCAGCUGACUGAGGAGCAGAUCGCUGAGUUCAAGGAGGCCUUCUCCCUCUUCGACAAGGAUGGCGAUGGAACCAUCACCACCAAGGAGCUGGGGACCGUGAUGCGCUCGUUGGGCCAGAACCCCACGGAGGCAGAGCUGCAGGACAUGAUCAACGAGGUGGACGCCGAUGGCAACGGCACUAUCGACUUCCCUGAGUUCCUGUCCCUGAUGGCUCGCAAGAUGAAGGACACCGACACGGAGGAAGAGCUCAUCGAGGCGUUCAAGGUCUUCGACCGCGAUGGCAACGGCUUCAUUAGCGCAGCAGAGCUGCGUCACGUGAUGACCAACCUGGGUGAGAAGCUCACGGACGAGGAGGUCGACGAGAUGAUCCGCGAGGCUGACGUGGACGGCGAUGGUCAGAUCAACUACGAGGAGUUCGUGAAGAUGAUGAUGGCCAAGUGUAGUUUGUCCAGGAAUCCUGAAAGCUUUGCGAAGCAGAUGGAUGUUUUUCUGUUGUGCGUCUGCGGAGUCUUCAGAGAGCAGAUCGCUGAGUUCAAGGAGGCCUUCUCCCUCUUCGACAAGGAUGGCGAUGGAACCAUCACCACCAAGGAGCUGGGGACCGUGAUGCGCUCGUUGGGCCAGAACCCCACGGAGGCAGAGCUGCAGGACAUGAUCAACGAGGUGGACGCCGAUGGCAACGGCACUAUCGACUUCCCUGAGUUCCUGUCCCUGAUGGCUCGCAAGAUGAAGGACACCGACACGGAGGAAGAGCUCAUCGAGGCGUUCAAGGUCUUCGACCGCGAUGGCAACGGCUUCAUUAGCGCAGCAGAGCUGCGUCACGUGAUGACCAACCUGGGUGAGAAGCUCACGGACGAGGAGGUCGACGAGAUGAUCCGCGAGGCUGACGUGGACGGUCCUGGCCUGAGUCUCCCCGAAGUCACACUGUCCAUGUCCGUCUCUGCGCCUUCCUUUCACCGUGACCUCUUGUCCCGGUGA